UCACAGCAGUUGAAACAUUCUCUACACCGGCCUAGCUAUGGACACCUCAAGAGAACGUCAAUGUCUACUUUCUUUGGAAUAGUACAACUCUCUAAGUUCUGUAAUGGGAAACUUCACUUUAAAAUCGAAGCUUGUCAAUCCUCCUUAGUAAAUAGAGGGAGAAUGUGCAUGCGCCCCCUCCCGCUUAAAAUAAAAAGUUAACGCUGUUUAUUCAAAAACUUCAUAACGUUUUGAAAACGAUCAGUAAAGAAGAAAAAAUGAUGCAGUUUGAUGAAACUGACCAAUCUCGACGUGGCCAACCAAAGCAACUGUUGCUACAACUUAAGAAGUAACAAUGUUGCAGUGUGACGACCUGACUGUUGCCAACGUCGACUUGGCAAUCAAAAGCAACAAUUGCAACAGCUCAAAAGCCUCACGUUGAGCUCCAUAUCUGCUGAAGAUAUCAAGUUAUCAGUCGACAAACUUACUGAGCUGUCGAAUAUGGACAACAAUGGGGCCGGCAAGAAGGACCACAUACCGAGACCCAACCAAGUUCGCAUUGAUGAUGCUGGAAAUGUCAGCAUCAUUGGAUCCAACAACAUAGUGACGGUGUUCGAUGGGAAACCGGUGAAGAACGAAACCCCUUCCCUUGCUUCCCUGAACAUGGAACAAGAGAUGAACCGGCUUGCGACUUUCAAAAAUUGGCCGCACAGCGCGCCGGUCACAGCUAAUGCUCUCGCUAGAGCUGGGUUUUUCUUUUUGGGCAUUGGCGAUCAGGUUCAGUGUUUUGCCUGCUUAGGAAUCAUCAAAGAAUGGGAAUUUGGUGACCUUGCGAUGGGAGAACACAAAAAGCACUACCCGAAUUGCCCCUUCGUCCGCGAUCAGACUCACAAGAGACGGGCCAAAGAGACAGUUUCAGAGCUCUUUAAAGCCCCGAAGAAAUCUGAAAGUGGGAAGAAAGGGUCCGGGAAACCUGUGAAGGGUGGCAGAUUUAAUGAGAACCAGAAGUCCAGUGAGGGAAAUCCAACUUGGCAACCCAUCAUUGAUUCCUUCGAAACUGAAGUGCAACUGACCUCUCGGAGUGAGUACAAGCGGCUCUUGUCGUACUGCAGCUGGCCCCGGAACCACCCCAUGGAUCCUCGCGACCUGGCAAAGGCCGGCUUCUACUUCCUGGAAAAAGACGACAUACCGGUAGUGCAGUGCUUCGCCUGCUACGGAAAAAUCCAGAACUGGAAACCUCAGGACAUCCCUCGGCAGGAGCACGCACGGCGUUUCCCAAGCUGCCCCUUUGUCAAGGGUCUGGAUGUCAAAAACGAGCCAAUCACAGAUCUGCAGAUGGCCAACGCAGUCAGUAUAGCCUACCGGGAGCCAUCAGGAUACGAAAACACACUGCAACAAUUCUCAAAGCAGUUGGAAGCGGCUCUGCCCCAUACAGCCAAAGUGACGAGUCAGUGGGAGCAAGUGGCUUCGCCAAAUCGUGUCCUGAACAGGCCCAAGUACCCAGACUAUGCUUGGGAGAAUGCAAGAGUGGCCACCUAUGACAAAGGCUGGCCGGGAAUCCUGGGGAUCACGCCGCAACAGCUAGCACGAGCGGGAUUCUUUUACACAGGUGAGGGAGACAGCACCAAGUGCUUCUAUUGCGGUGGGGGGCUCAAACACUGGGAAUCCACCGAUGAGCCCUGGACAGAGCACGCAAAGUGGUUCUCAGUCUGUGAGUGGCUGCUCCAACAGCGGGGAAGGACAUUUGUGAGCUACGUUGUCCGAAACUUCCCGGUUGACACGUGGCAGUUGAAACAAGCCAGAAAUGCCCAGUCAGCAGCCCCAGCACCAGCUCCAGCGCCCGCACCAACUCCAGCCAAGGUAGCCACCUCCCCACGCCCCACAGCCUCCGCCUCCCAAGAACCUCCUGAAGACGAGGCCGGUGUGAUCUACAAGAAAUUGGCCAAGGAUGACCCACUGGACGAAGCAAUGAAUAGUCGGUUGACCAAAUGUGUCUUGGAAAAGGGCUAUGACGCCGACUUGGUCAAGCAAGUCGUCCGCCGGCAACUCCGGACAGCAGGGAAGGCGUUCGAAAACACCAACGAUCUUUUGGAAGCCGUUUGGCAGGCCGAGGAAUUACGAGAAGCUGGAAAAUGGGAAGAAGACGUUGAAGAAGAAGAGGUGGAAGAGUUCAGGGGCGGAGCCAAGCGUGGGGCGGAGCAAUUCAUUGCACAGGUGCCCGAGAAACGGAGGAAGGAUGCUGGGAGAGGAGAGGAUGAACUUGGCGUGCUGACACAAAAGCUUGAAGGGAUGAGAGUUGGUGAGCAUCAGGCCACUGCGACGGUUGGACCGACUAGAGUAGAACCGACAGAAUGGCAGCAUCAACAAUCACCCGAAGAGAUUGAGCGGGAGAUUGAGCGACUUCGCGACGAGAAGCUGUGCAAAGUUUGCAUGGACAAUGAUGCCAACACGGUUCUCAUGCCGUGCACGCACCUCGUAGUGUGCGAUAUGUGCGCAAACUCACUCCGCUAUUGCCCGAUAUGCCGACAGACCAUCACCAACGUCGUCAAAGUCUUCAAGUCCUAAUGAGCCGAUCAUGAUGCCAGACCAAAAACUUUUUUUUCAACUGAUGUAAGAUUUGACAUCUACUGGGAAAAUUGGCUCAGCAAAAUAUACAACUGGGAAUACGAUGCCCACUAGAAACAAUGCAGGUAAGUUCUCAAUGUAAGGCCAAAAAAAAAAGUCUCCGGUUUCUGGUAUGCGCGCGCGUCGCUGUAGCCAUGCGCGUUGGCAAAAUGAAAAAGUUUUUUUCAAUGAAAGAUGAUGUCUCAAAACCGCCAAACUCACUGGUUUGACUGGAAUCCUGCUGCUGCACAUUUUUAACGUGUUUUUAGAUGAGUUAUGGUCGAGAAUAAGCUUUAUGUGGCCUCUCUGUACUCCCAAUCCCAUAAAGGCCUAUUUGAACUAAGUUUAGUCGGGCACCAUUUGCAGUCAUCAGCCGACAUUGGAAGCAAAAAAGUCGGGUAAAAAAAAAAAAAAAGCCGCGUCACAGCACCACUUUUUGGGCAAGCUCCAUACCCUAACGUAGAGCUUUUACGGAAAGGCAAAUCAGCUUGUAAAGUUAAAACUGUACAAUAAUACAAGUAUAAUACGGCUAGGAUAUCAAGGCAAGCAUUUUAAGAAUAUGAGCAGGUUGGAAGAAACAAGGUCUUUGUUGAUAUCUUGUAGUGUUGGUUGUACAAUUUUGUAGGGAAUAAAAAAAAGGGCCGCCCCACUCCCGCCCCCCCCCCCCAAAAAAAAUAUUUAAAAAAUCUGGGGUAGGGCAUUUGCAAGUAAUACUUUUUUUAUUAUCCCUAACUUCAUAAACAACAUUUGUAGGGCUGUCCCAAAAAUUUGAAUAUUCGAUCAUCGAUGGAAUAUUCAAAUAGCUUUUUGCCGGUUCAAAGAUUCAAAAGAUAGAAAACUACCCAUGUACACGCACAUCUGUGAUGUUACUGUAAUUGUAAAGUCACUGCACUUUAUUGUCAGAUAUGCCACUUUUUGUCAACAGUAACUUUUUUUUGUUGAUGGCGGUUCAUUGUCCAUCCUUUUAGCCAGGGUAAAAGCCCUUGACAAAUUAAAAAAUACUUGCUGCAAAACACUUCUGCGUCCCAUAACAUCAAUUGCCAAGCGUAAAUUUUAACCAGCGCGCUUUGCAUGCGAAUUUUGACAGGAGGGGCAUGCAGUUGCAACUGGCACACGUAAGCUUGACGGCCAAAUUUUGAACAUCCGAAAUAUUCAGUCAAAACACAGUUUCAAAUAUCUCAAUACUAAUUUAUUCGGAAAUGGACAGCCCUAAAAAUUUUGUGUUUAUGUGUAGGCUUUUUGAGGGAACUUGUUGUUGUUGAGGAUUUUUUUCAGUCUUGUUCCUUUAUGUACCCAUUAAUCCUUACGUUGCGCGUGAUUCCAGUAUGCUAGCUAGUGCAUAACAUAAACUGUGAGAUGUGCAUUUAUAAAUUAGAUGUAAGGGUUAUUAGCCAGUGGCAUUCGAACUUUAAAACUGGGGGUUCUAGCUAGAAGGAGCAGUUGCCAAUUUCAUGGAACUACGUAGUUUUUUUUUUCAUUUACGAUUAUAGUACGGAAACCGGGUAUCUAUUGAAGUAAAACACGGGUACCCGUAGAAGAAACCCAACCCCAUAAUCUAAAUCCCGCAAGUUGUUGAAAGGGUUUUACAGCUUUAAGGUGUAAACUGCAACUCUCCACCACAAAUUAAUAGCUGUCACAACCUAUUUUCAUUUUCUGAGAAAUUACUAAGUAAUUUGUCAAGUUGGUUAUGGGUACCCGAUCCCAGUUCCUGACAUCUGCGGUCGGGUAUUCGGGUAACCCGUUCCCGAUGCACACCCCUAUGAAAGGCAGGGAAAGAACAUUGCUACGGUAAUUACCCAGAAAAAAUGCCAACUUACAGAGAAACAGCUCACUCAAAGUGAAGAUGUGAUCGGUCCCCAAAAAAGUGUGAAUUUAUUCUACCAGAAUUGGUUACCAUCGAAAGAAAAUGAUCAUUUAAGGUGAUUUUCAAACAGGGGCACACUUUUUUGUUAGCAAUGGAAUCCAGUUUUAAGAUCCCAAAAAUAUAACGUGAAUAUAAUAUUUUCUGUUGUCUCAAAAUGCAACUGAGCUAAAAUUUCAACAUGAUACAUGCACCUUCCUUAAGAUUUUGAGCAUUGUUGCUGCUUCGAACAAAAAAAAUGCACAAAAACAAAUGAUGUACCUUUAACGAUGCUUAGCAUGUAAACGUAGCUUAGCACUAAAUUUCUGCUCAGAAGUUCCAUGAAAUUGAUUCUGCUGUAGUCUUGGUUCAGAAUGAUGGGCGAUUGCUCAAAGUGCAAACAUCUUGAACUAAGACUAAUCCCACAAGAGUUCAGCAUGGACUCCGUGCAUGGACAAUAGAGGGCGCUCUGUUCCUGGGAGGAACACACUGCAUACUGGUUCACGCAAAAGUACGCUCGACUAAGUUUAUUCUGAAUGUGCACAAAUCUGUAGCGUCUUUGCGCAAACAUCGGGCGUCGCGUCGGCAAUGCGUUCCAAUGUCUCUCUCAGUGGUCUCCCCUAACUCUCCCUUUCUUACCGUUGAGGGGUACUUGUGCACAGAGCCUAUAUGAUUAGGUAGCUUGCUGGCAAAUUCAAAACCUAGUCAAGUCAACCAUUGAAGAAUACAUGUUGGGGGGGGGGGGCGGGUGGCCGGCCUUAUUUGUACCUUUCUCCAUAUUUUGUGUAAACUACCUACAUGUACUGUGUGAAACUAUGAAAAUAUGUACAAUGAUAGAGUAAUCUUCGUUAUCUCUAAAGAUUCCACAAAAGACAGCAAACAACCGAUUUGGUAGAAUUACAUGUACAUACGUUAUUGUUUGGUGUGGAUUUCAUUUUUGAUGAUUGCCACUUUUUGUUGAAUUUUGUUUUAGCUAAGAGUUCAUGUUAUACAAUGCACUUGUUUUCAAAUAUUUCAUAUUAGUCAUCAAUUGGUAAUCGUUUAUACAGAAUGUUGUGUUUAUAAUGUAAUUGACAUGGGCAUUGUGGGGGGGGGGCUUCUCCCCCCCCCCCCCGGAAAAAAAGAAAAAAGAGAAAAAAAAGAAGAAAACAAAAGAAAACAAAAGAGAAGAUAAAGAGGCGUGAAAUCAUAGUGGUGUAAACUUAAUGAGUGGGGGGGGGGGGGGCAAAAUGUCCCUGCCCCCCUCUAAAACUGAUAAAUCGAGAAUUUGUUGAGAAAUACAAGUAUUUUUUUGGAAAAAUUAUGUUUUGCCCCCCUCUAGAAAAAAUCCUGGCGACGUCCAUGGUAUUUGAUACAAAAUUAAAAACAUUUUUUAAUGACGACACUUCUUUUUUUCUUAUAUAUAUGUUUUGUUAGUUACAAUGGCUUCUAUAAUCACUUUUUUUCUCUUAUACCUGUUUAUGUUAGCUUAUUAGGAUUGUGCCUUUACAAUAUUGUAUUUUGCUUUCUGUUAUGUUAUUGUUUCAGUAUGGAAAUAAAUGUAAUAUAAUUGAAUGGAAUAUGUUAGUUAAAAUUGCUUUACUCACUUCUUUUUGUACAUUUUGUUAUGAUUAACAGGUAAUACUCUGUGUUAUAACUGUAAUGGAAAAAAAAAUCACAAAUCUGAAAUGAAAUUAAACACUCAGGAGAAAAAAAAAUUAUGUAAUACUCUAAAUAGUAACACAAGUGCUGUGACAUAGAACACACCUGGAUAUUGGAUUCAUAUUCAAUGAGAAGUCGGUGUUUAUUCAGUUGUUUAAAUUAUGCCAGUUGACCGCAGCGGGUCUGCAGUAGUGAGAAAUGUCUUGAAGAAAGAAUUUGUUGGCAUGAUGAUAACAACUUUUUUUCUAGACUUCUAUAGUAAAAUACUUUACUGUGAUAAUAUUGUAAGUUUAAAAAGGUGUUUCAAGUUGAAGCAGUUAUGUUUGAUAAGUAAUUGUGAAAUUGCCAAGUUUGAACACGCAUGCAGAUAUACAUGUACCGGUACAUAUGCCUAACGUUAAUGUAUUAAAAGCAAUCAAUGUAAAUUGCGUUAUUCACAAAAUUGUUACAAAAUAUCCUGCAAAAAUUACACAGCAGGAUUUUAAUUGGUGUUAGUUUUGUUUUGGGGUUUAUUAUUUCUUCUAUUGCAGCAUAUAUGUUAACAUGGUUGGAAUGUUGGGUUUGAAUAGUUUUUUUUUUGAAUGGGAAAUUGAUUUAUGGUUUUGUUGAAUUUUGUUUUUGUUUUCUAUCAAUAUGUAAUACUUUCAUAUUUAGUGAUAAAGUUUACUGAUCAGCAAGAAAGAUCGAAAUGUUUAGUUCUAAAGGUAUGUACAUGUACAUUCAAUUAUCAUUGUAAGACUUGUAAGUGUGAGACUAAAUUUUAAAACUAAAGUUCACUGUUAGCUAGUUUACAGCCCUAUAUUUUUUUUCACCCAGAAACAGUAGAUAUUCCAAUUGUCAAAUGAAUAAAUGAGAUUUAAAAUGACAAGGUAUAAACAUUGCAGUUCAUCUCGUUAAACAAACAUGGCAGAAUUACAGAAAAUAGUGCAGUGUGUACAUGUACUUGUAAAUUUGUAUGUUGUAACUGCAUUGUAUCCAGUUGUAGUGCGGACAAUUAAAAAAUUCAUAUGCAUGUACAUUGCAUAUUGAACAUACUAUGGCGCAUGGCUCUUGCACUGAUGUCUCCAUCCAUUGCUGUGCUUACAAUGUAUAUCUGUGAAGCCAUUAUUGGUGAGCCUCUCAAUACAAGCAUUGACUAAAUAUUGGCUAAUAAAAAAAUUGGAAAGAAUGUUGUCUGUCAUACCUGUUGGCUUGUAAAAUAAUCCAUGCCAUUUCAACUCGGAUCAAGCAUUAUCAAGAUUUGAUAUUUUAUUGAACAGAUUAAGAAUCUCCCAAGAUGGCACCCUACUAGCUUCAACCUAUGUUCCUAACGCACUUGCCAGUCCAAUAGAAACAUAUAUUGAGGACAAUUUCCCUGGAGUGACCCAUCACUGGUAGCCUUGCUCAAUAUAGCUGGGCUGAAUGGUGCUCGUACACCAGCGAAAUGCCUAAUUCCACAAUACAUUCUGGCUACAUUGUGUAUUUUUAAUUCCUCACAGCACUGUAAUGAUGAAGCAAACUUACCAUUGUAAUGUCUUUGUUUGUUUGUUUGGCCCGUGUUGUUUGUCUGCUGUUUUCCACAAGCUUCUGCCUAUUAAAACAGCCCCAUGCUCUUAUUUGCUUCUUUAAUUUUGCUGUUAAUUUGAUAUUUACUGCUUUAUUGUUUAACCCUUUUCUCUAAAGUUUUUAUGUAUACAUAUUUUCUCUUCAUGAAGCAUGGAAAUAAAUGUGAAGUUUAAUAGAAUUUAAUUGACUGCACACUUAUGGCAAAACAAUUGGCAAAUGCAUUGUUAACUACACGUACAUGUACAUGUGUAUUUCCAAUUGUAGUGUGAAUUGGUAGAGAUUAUACAUUGUACUCGUAAACGCACCUUUUAAGGUCUUGAUGAAAUGUAGUAACAUUUCUAAUAGUAUGAAUGGUUCAAAUAAAAAUUAAAAAGCGCAAAAAAGGUAUUGUUUCAUUUAUUAGAAAUGUGUUGCAUUGAAUUUCGAAUUUAUGAAACGGGUACGACCAGACACAGCUAAUUAAACACACAUGUGACAUCACAAAUUCUUUAGCGGACAAUACCUUUAUUUUGCAUUAGCAUUAUGACAAUAUAUAGCAAGAGUAGAUCCAGAAAUUCACACUAAAUUAACUGGUACACUGAAAAUAUCCAAGAGUUCAUGCCCAGACUAAAACCAUGAACGGUU